GCUCUCGAGGAAUUGGUGGACUGUUAGCUGAAACAUUGGCAUUACGACAUGUUAGCGUAGUUGUAUUAGACGUUGUGCCGCCGGAACAUGAAAAUGAAAACAUUGCUUUUUAUGAAUGUGAUGUCUCGGAUAUAGAUCAAGUGAAAAGUGUCGCGAAGAAAAUAGUUGAAGAUGUUGGACAUCCGACAAUACUUGUAAAUAACGCUGGAAUAAUACGCGGUAAAACGAUUCUUGAUGAACCAGAGCGUGAAAUACAAAAAACAAUUGAUGUAAACCUAUUAUCCUCAUUCUGGACAACUAAA